UUUUGAAGCACUGCCUACACCCAUCAAAAUCAACUUAGCUAGAGAUUUUGAUGAGGACUGCUCAUUGGAAUGGCUGAUCAAAGAGAGUACAAAGUUAUACUCUAUUCAGCAGUCCAGUGAACAGGGGGUGAAAAAGGAGUCAAAACCCAAAAUUGUAGCAGAAACUAGGGUGUCACCUAGCCCCCUCAAUUUGGAAUCUAAAAAGAGGACUUAUGCAGAGGUGGCCAGUCAAAACAGGCCAUCUCCACAGAGGUUUAAUUUUGCCCCUCCCCCUACACAGGUUGAGGCUCAGGGAGACUAUAACCAAAGUGGGGGACAUAAUCAGGUGAAUAAUUACUCACAAAGAGAAUACUCACCAAAUAAUUGGUAUCCGCGCAAGGGUAGAUACAAUAGGCGGCGAAGAUAUUCUCAGGGUAACCAGACACCCCAGGUAUAUAAUGCUCCCCAAAGUACUAAUACUGAACAAGCUGAACCCUAGGGGCAACCACGCCAGAAUAGAAAUAGUGGCCCUGAUUCUGAGGGAACCCAAUGGUCCAGGAAUCAGUACAAUGGGGCACCAAGAGAUAGGCCCAGGGGUAGAGGUAACGUGUACAAUCAGGUAGAUAUGCUGUUUACCCAGUUAAAUCGGUUGAGCGAACAAAUCGCUAAUAUGAGUCAAAAAUCUACGGCUCAGCAACCGAACAAUACUUUUUUAGGGGUACAGCCAGUGGUCAGCAGUGGACCAGGCACAGUCAUAAAUACUGCAGUAUCACCUGAAGGGGAGGGGAGAGAUAUACACAAUGUAAUAAUAAAUAUCAAUGAUACUAAACCUGUUCUCUCCCCACAGACCGAAAACGGACGAUUUAGCUGUGAUGACAGGCAACCUCAUCCGGGAAAAAUUAACAAAACUCUUCCCUUGCAGCUCUCUCCUAACCUUAUCUCCACAGAUGCAGUACAAAAGAAUCCAGCCGACCCUGUCAUAGAGGAAACGGGUGAUAUAGAUGUUAAAACAGAAGAUCUGAGUGUAACGUGUCAGCUGGAAGCUCCAAUGCAGGAAAUGUGUGACAGCGACAAUGAAGGUGACAUAGAUGUUAAAACAGAAGAUCUAAGUGUAACGUGUCAGCUGGAAGCUCCAAUGCAGGAAAUGUGUGACAGCGACAAUGAAGAUAAAAAUGAUGUUAAGAUUUCAUGUAACACGGAACAAACAGAAAAUCAGUGGCUAAGAAAUAUCACAGAAGCUGCAGAGAAGGAAAUACUUCAGAAUAAUAGUAUAGGUGCUGUUAAGACUGAAGUCACACUUAAUGCUGAACAAACAUAUGAUCUGUAUGUAAAGAGUCAGCAGGAAGUUUUGAAGCAGGAAAUCAGUGAUAAUAUCAGUACAGGUGAACUCACAAACUGCAAUAAUCCUAGACAUGGUCAGAAUCCUGAUGCUUCUUUCGGUCUUCUUCAAAAUCAAAGCAGCCACAAGGGAAAUGUAUGUUCUGAAUGUGGGAAAUCUUUUACCUGGAAAUCCCAACUUAUUACUCAUCAGAAAAUUCAUACAGGAGUGAAAGCAUUUCCAUGUCCUGAAUGCGGGAAAUGUUUUUUGCUGAAAUCGGCUCUUACUAAGCAUCUGAAAAUCCAUACAGGAGAGAAAGCAUUUCCAUGUUCUGAAUGUGGGAAAUGUUUUGUCCAGAAAUCAAAUCUUGUUGCUCAUCAGAAAACUCAUACAGGAGAGAAAGCAUUUUCAUGUUCUGAAUGCGGGAGAUGUUUUGUCCAGAAAUCAAAUCUUAUUACUCAUCAAAAAAUUCAUACAGGAGUGAAAGCAUUUCCAUGUCCUGAAUGCGGGAGAUGUUUUUUGCUGAAAUCAGCUCUUACUAAUCAUCUGAAAACCCAUACAGGAGAGAAAGAGUUUUCAUGUUCUGAGUGUGGAAAAUGUUUUGCUCGGAAAGCAACACUUUUUGAUCAUCAAAAGACUCAUACAAAAGAAAGGGCAUUUUUGUGUACUGAAUGUGGGAAAUCGUUUACUCAGAAAUCAACUCUUAUUAAACAUAAGAAAAUUCAUAUUAAAGGGGAAUCAAAUUCUAACCUCUUAAGUGCAGAGGAUAUUGACUACAUGUUGUCCUCCUGGGGCAGGAGUUUUGGAGCUAAUCCCGGGCCCCCUGCAUCUUAAACAGUUACAAAGAAGCACAGUGUGUUCAGAAUCAUCACCAGGGAAUCUGAGGAUGCCAAUGAUGUCACCAAGUGGAAGUGCCGAGAUGCUGCAGGCUAGAGAGAGCUUAAUAAGGGCUAGUAUUAAAACCUUUAAAUCUCAGUACCCUUAAUGUCUAGAAAUCCAUAAAACCCACAAUUUGAAAGGCAAUAAGAGUAAUUUGGCUAUAUAAAUUUUAAGUACAAUUUUAAGAAGAAAAAAAAAAUUGUACUGACCCCUUGUUUAAAGCCCAGAGGCCGCUCUUUCAAUAAGAUCCCUGUAUAGGAUGAAUAGACAGGUGAUCACUCUGGUAAUAGUAAUCAUCUGACAAGAAUAAAUGUGUAUUUAUUUGAUAGAGGUCCAUGUGAGUCCAUAUAUGAAGAUCAAAGUUAUAUAAAUACACUACAGUGUUCUCCAUAGACAAAUUUGCCAGCCAGGUGGCAUUCUGAAGUAGCCAGGUGAGGGCAGUGUAGGAAUUUCUAAUAUUAUAUAAUUUCCUGCUAUCCAAAGCAUAAAUGAAUUGCAUAAUGUAAUAUAAAUGUAUUUAAUAAUAAUGUAUGCAAUAAAAAUUGAGCAUUUUUAAUAUUAGCAAA